AAUCGAAACACAAGAAAAAAAGACAAAAACACAAAAGUGACGUAGCUAACGAAGCGCGUGAGUGUAUAACUGUUUGGAAUAGAGAAUAUUGAGUGUGUAUUUCUCUCUAUAUACACAUACAUACAUACAUAUAUGGAAUAUGUUAACUUCAAAGUGAAUAUACAUAGUAAUAGCAACAUUGUAAUUUGGCAAUAUACAAAACACCACAGCAAAUCAGAUCAUGGAGCUUAGCAAUUUUUCCAAUCACAAGAAGAUGUCACGCGAGGAACGACGCUACUCCGUGCCACAUGGUCCAAAUACACCUCUGCCUCCAGCAGCAUCUGAAGAUUUACAUGCCUGGUCCAUUUAUAGGCAAAAUCUAAACUCUGACUUUACCGAUUCGGCUCUGGGCUCAUCCGACAAAUCACCGCUGCCAUAUGGAAAUUUCCAGCUACGCGACACAACAGUGCAAUCCAUACUAAAUCAUCCGCGUUAUGGACCCAAAUCGCCAUUGGGUUCCAAUAUGUAUACAUAUUUAAAGUUUGGAUUGCCACGCGUUUUUCCACCCAACGCUGGAUCACAGCGUUCACAUCGACCAGGCCCAGGUCCGGGUCCAGGUCACGGACCAGCCUCCAGUGCCUUGGGGGGAGUGCGUGGCCGUGUUAAUCGCGGCUUUCGGGAUAGUUCGGGUGUCGCUCCGGCAGGCGCCGGAUCCAGUGGCUAUGACAGCAGUGAUAACGAGACCACACGCAGUCGGGUGCCACCGAAUUUGCGAAAAUAUCGCAGCGAAUCCGAUUUUCGUGCCAUUGGCGGCAUGCCGCAUUCACGGCCCGAAUCCCGUGCCCAGAACGGAGCAGGAGCUGUGCCAGCGGCUGCCUUGCGACAGGCCAAUAGCAGGGCCAGCAUAGCCGUCCAGUAUAUGGCGAAUAGCAAUGGCACCGGCAAGCACUAUGGACAUCGGUCACACAGCGAGGCUGAUCUCUUGGGUGCCGGCCUGGGCGGAGAUGGAGGAGGAAUGGGUAUGGGCUAUGGCGAUUAUGGAGAGUCUCGCAUUUACGGUAGCACACGACAUGCCCAGCCCUAUGCACAGCAUGGACGCAAGCACUCCAACAUGGGUCUAAUCUAUCCAAAUAUCCAGGUGCAUUGCCUCGAUGUCAAUCCUUGUUUGCGUGGCGUUUCCAUGCAGGCCAAGGCUGGAGAUCUGUUUGCCAUAAUGGCAACGUCCCAGCGGGAGGGCAGCGCACUAGCCGAAUGCCUGGCCGGACUUAGCGAACGUCUUGGCGGCGAGAUUCUAAUUAAUGGUCAGCAGGUGAAUCGAUAUGGUCUUCGUGAGCUGUGCAGCUAUGUCCCAGCCCUGGAGGUCUCUUCGCUAGAUCCACGCAUGAGUGUCCAAUGCACUCUCAAUUUUCAUGCAGCUCUGCGUGGUCCAAUCGAUCGCAGCGAUCUGAAGGAACGCAUGGAUGUCCUCAUUGAGGAUCUGGGCCUGAACACGGUGCGUGCCUCGAAUGUUUCAUCUCUGACGCAUUCGGAGAAACAGCGACUGAGUGUGGCCUGCCAACUGUUGGCCCAGUCCUCGCUGUUGAUUCUCGAUCAGGUCACCAGCAAUAUGGAUAUUUUCGACACCUUCUUUCUGGUGGAAUAUCUGCGUCAGUGGUGCAGCGGCGGAAGGAUUGUGAUUAUGACACUGCAGCCGCCAACCUUUGAGAUUCUUUCCAUGUGCUCUGGCGUCCUGCUGCUCUCUGGCGGUCGCACAGUCUUCUCCGGCAGUCGAGCAGAUCUGCCGCGACACAUGGGCGAACUGGGCUAUCCCUGUCCACCGUUCAAAAAUCCGGCCGACUACUACCUGGACCUGGUUACUUUGGAUGACUUAUCGGCAGCCGCUAUGCUUGAGUCAUCGGCUCGCAUUGAAUCACUGGCCAAUGCCUGGGAUCAGAUCAAUUCCGAACCACCGCUAGCCGCUCCACCCGCCUCCUUGCCCAAUUUCACAAUGAAGGCAGGCUUCUUUGGACAAACGAAGGCGUUGAUUAAACGAUUUGCCGGCUACAAGCAGCCUGGAUCCCUGCUCACUUGGAUCAGCAAACUAAUUGUGGCUGCAUUGCUAUCCCUCUGCAUUGGUUGCAUUUUCUGGGAUGUGCCCGCAUCUGAUCCACAAUUGGCAUACAAUGAUCGCUUCGGCUAUCAUCACUGUGUCAUGGUGCUGGCCUAUUGGCCACUUGUAAUGCUCACCAUACGAGAUACUCAAGAGGAUCGACGACAUGCGGAGCGUGACAUACGAUUGGGUCUCUAUUCGCGUAGUCUCUACAUUAUCAUUCAGAGCCUAUUGGGUCUGUUUCCUAGCCUUUGCAUUUGGCUGGCCUAUCUAUUGCCGGCUCACAGUAUGGCUGGAUUGUAUACCUAUUCCAAUAGCAGCGAUACGGGCAUUUAUCUAUAUAUGGGAUAUAUGCUGCUAUAUCUGACACUUAUCCAAACUCUGGCCUUGUUCUGUGCCCACUUGUUGCCUUGCAUGGUGUCUGCCAGCAUUAUUAAUUCAUUGAUUAGUCUGGCAUUGGCCUCGGUCGGUGGCUAUUUGGUGCAUCCCUAUAAUUUAUCCAAAUUCUGGUCCUGGCUGCAGUUAGUUUCGCCUCAGCGUUGGCUUUUGCCCGUACUCGUCCAGGAUGAAUAUAGCGCCGAAACUUUGGCCAAUUCAGCUGGUCUACAACUGUGCCGCAACAAACAGGUUCAGCAUCAAGAGAUCAUUGUACAGCAGCCCUGCCCACCGCCCAAUGGCACCCAAGUGCUAGUCGACUUUCAAUUGCUGCCGCAGCAGCAUGUACUCGAUCCCACACACAACUAUGAUCAGACCACUUCGAUGGCUUUGGUGCUGGCCUCUGUGUUGGUCUUUUGCCUGACCUUCAUUGUCUUUGUGUGCAAUUGUCGACGGGCCUGUCGCAGUGCGAAUAGGCGAUAGGCGUCAAUUUGGAGCUGGACAGGUGACACAGCAUUUCGAACUGUACAUUAAAUAGUAACUAAUUUCUUUAAUUAAAUAGCGUUUAGUCAAGGCAGAGAUUGUUUAACUAGCUAAAAGGCAAA